UUUAGCAAAUAAAUUAAAAAUUAUUGAAAAUUAACUAACCCAAUCGUUUGGAAAUCAUUUGGAGAUAUUUGGAAAAAACUUUUCAGAGUUUGGAAAACCAUACAUUAAUCACAAUUAAUUAAAAUCAAUUAAGCGUAUAAUUAGCAGAAAGUAUUUAAAAAAUAUUUUUUUUUAAUCCAAUCGCUCCAGAAUCAUUUGGAUAAUGUGUCCAUAUAAUUUUUAUUAUUUGGAAAACAACUGUAUUUUAAUAAAAAUUAAUUAAAGGUCAAUAUUUCGUUUUAAUGUCUGCACCAUAGUGCAAUAAAGGGCACAUACUUCUCAGCUGACGACGAGUGGCAAGACUGGCAAGAAAUCAACAACCUAAUCUACAGUUUGCUCAUAAAAUUCUCGUAAAAUGUCUGCAAUUAAAGUUACAACUAGAAGUGGAGCCAAAUAUUCGCGAGUCUCGCAUUAUACGAUGCCAGAGAAAAGAAAAAGGUGUCCGAAAAUUUCUACGUCGAUAUGAAUUCAAAGGGAUUGAAAAGAAUGCUUGGACGACACAUCGCUUAUAGCGAUGUAAGUACCUUAACUAGAAGGUGCAUUUUGAGCAUCAAUAAACCCAGUCCCGAUUUGUUUCUUGUCGUACGGCUCGAGAAAGUAUUGCAGGGCGAUAUAUCGGAGUGUCCCGAACCAUAUUUACGCGAAGAUAAAAAUAAAGAUAAGGUCAGAGCUGCCGCAGCUGCUGCGUGCGAAUGCCUGGGUCGUUAUAGAAUGCCUCUUGCGUGGACUGCAAUUUAUCUGUCUGGUGUAAUCGGAUGCGGUGGUGAUACGGAUAGCACUGCUGGAUCUUUAGACAGAAAGUCGGGCGGUCUGGAACAGUGGCGAAAAAAAGUGGAACCGCCGACGCGACGUGGUUUGCUAGAAAGACCGAGUUUGGAUAAAAGACGUAGUUGGUCGCCGGACGAUUUUACCAAUUGCCUCGAUAGCUUUAGGCCCAUUACUUUAACAGUCUCGAGUUUCUUCAAGCAGGAAAGCGAACGACUUCGCGAUGAAGAUCUUUAUAAGUUUUUGGUUGAACUACGAAGACCUGGUUCCAACUUGAAACGAUUAAAAUGCUUACCAGGGAUUUGAAAUUGGAUCUCAGUCCCAGACCCAAAGAACUACCGAGAUGUCUUGAUCCCGACCUUAGAAGAUUAGUUCCAUAUCCGGAUGAAAAGAAUCGACCGGUUAAGGAGAUAGUCUCGAGUUUACAGACGAAGUUGUUUCGCCCGAUUUAACGUAUCGUAAUCUUCUAUAUCUUUAUCCCAAAGUGCAUAUCGAAUAAAAUUGUACGAUCAUCCUUCUUGUAUAUUAGUAUUUAUAUAAUUUAUAUAUAAAUAAAAUUUGUCAUUUAUAUAUAAAUUUUAUAUACAUAUACAUACAUAAUUGAUUUCUAUCGUCUCUAACUAACUGCGCAGUAAUGUAAUAGUACUAUAAUGUAUUAUUGUACCUUAUUGUUUAUAAUAAUAAAUCAGUAAAGUCAGAGACACAUACGUUGGUAAUUGUCUUUCUCUUUUCUUUACCCUCUCGGGUACGAUGGAGAGGGAACGUCUACGAAAACUGGAUGUAUAGUAAUAAAGUCGACUGCGUCGAUCCGGUAC